AUGUCAGUUUUACCAAAUGAUACAAUUAAAAUUAUAGCGGAAUCAGCAGGUAUUUCAAAUUUACCAGAUGAAAUAGCACAACAAUUAGCAUCGGAUGUAGAAUAUAGAAUUAGAGAGAUUGCACAAGAAGCGAUUAAAUUUAUGAAACAUUCAAAAAGAGAUCACCUUUCAACCGAUGAUAUAAACAAUGCAUUAGGUUUAAGAAAUAUUGAGCAACUCUAUGGCUAUAGUUGUAGUGCCAAUGAUCACAGUUUAUUAAAAUUUCAAAAAACCACAACAACAACACAGGCCAUCUAUUUUUUAAAUGAUAAAGAGAUGACAUUUCAAGAGAUUGCAUCACAACCGUUACCAAAGGUACCACGUGAUCCAUCACUUUCAGCACAUUGGUUAGCAUUGGAAGGUGUGCAACCAUUGAUUCCUCAAAAUCCAUCACCCUAUGAAAUUGAAGAACAUCAUAAAAAUUUACAUAAAAAAUUCAAGAGUGAGAAAGCACUUCAAUUGGAACAACAAGCACAAGCAUUAUUAACACAACAAAAUAAAGGUAAUGAAAAAAGUGGUGACAAUAAUAAUAAUAACAAUAACAAUGGUAACAAUAACAAUGGUAAUAUGAUUUAUGGUAUGGCACAAUUAAAUGGAAUUAAUACAGUAUUGGGUGGAAAUAAUUUACAAAAACAAGAUCCAUCAAUACCUGGUAUACAUACAUUACCUUCAAAUACAUCAACCAUUGUCAAACCAACCGUUAAACAUGUAUUAUCAAAAGAAAUUCAAAUGUUUUAUGAGAAAAUCACAAACUCUGUAAAAAGUGAUAAUCAAAAACUAUUUGAUGCUGCAUUACAUAGUUUAAAGAGUGAUAGUAGUCUUCAUCAAUUAUUACCUUAUUUUAUAAAUUUUAUAUCAGUUCAAGUUACUCAAAAUUUAACAAAUUUAGAACUAUUAAAUAGAUUAAUGAAAAUGGCUCAAGCAAUAUUAGAAAGUAAACAUUUAAAACCUGAAUUAUAUUUACAUCAAUUAAUGCCAUCAAUUUUAACAUGUUUAGUUGGUAAGAAAUUAUGUAAUUCACCAUCAGAGAAUCAUUGGGAAUUAAGAGAUUUCGCAGCAAGAUUGGUAUCAUUUGUUUGUAGAAAAUUUGGAGAUGUAUAUAGUUCAUUACAAGGUAGAAUAACCAAAACAUUAGUACAAACAUUACAUGAUACAACCAAACCUUUAACAACUCAUUAUGGUGCAAUCGUUGGUUUAUCAGGUUUAGGUAGAAAUGUUAUACAAUUUUUAUUAUUACCUUAUGUACCAAAAUAUUAUAAACUCUUGGAACCAGAAUUAAAUAAUAAUUUAUCAAAUCCAAUAAAAUCAAUGGAAGCCAAUAGAGUUUUAAAUUCAAUCAUAGAUGCAACUGGUAAAUUCUUAAUUUGGGUAUCAGAAGGUGAAAAUAUUCUCUCAGUUUUAGAUUUAAAAGAUGAUACAACUUCAAAAAAGCAACCAAUCUCUUUACCAAUCAUAACAGAGUUUUCACGUGAAAAUAUUUUAAAAACUUUAAAAAUUCAAUAUCAAUCACUUUUUGAUUUAUUUGGUGAAAAAUUAUUAGCAUAUAUAAAACCAGAUAAUGAUUCUGAAUCAAUGAUUUUAAUUCCUUAA